GUAAUUCUUGCGUCAUCCAUCUCAGGGUCUUGCAUGCGCGAUUAGGGUGGGCAAAGCACAAGCACAAGGCAACUGGUAGCACGCCAGGAGCUGACCGGUGUGCCUUGCCAGUUCCAACGGUUUGCGUUGUGGAACCAGCUACCAGCCAGCAAAAAGCAGGCGCAAUCUGACAACAGCCCCGUUCUCCGCAUUUCAAUUGUACCUGGCAUGUGUGGAAAAGCAAGGAUGCAAACGUCCCGUGGCAUUAUCGUUGGUACUGCAUCUAGACUCGUCAUGCAGAGGGAUUUGAUUGUUGGCACACUGGUCUCUUUGACUUCAUCUCCUUACCAGCAUGGUCGGAAAUUAGAGCUUAAGCGACGAGUUGGAGAGCUUGGUCGACGCCUCACUCGCUUCUUCGCAACGAGUUCGAGACGUCUCAUGGAGCAGGGUCGGAACUGUACUUCCGGACCGGGCAAAGCAGCACCAGCUGGCCGGUCCAUCACAUCCAUCUCGACAUCGGGGCCCUGGACCAGCGCCUCACCGCCACGGGCGCUUUGGCGGGUCAGAUGGCUGCUGCACGACAUAUCCCAUCCCGCCUGGUGUGUCGCCGGUCUUGCCGCCUUGGGAAUCACGGCAGCUCGUCAAGCGGAAGCCCACUUUGAAGCCCACCUUCGGGUAUCAUCCACACCCAGAUGCGGGAGCGCAACCGCGAGUGGGACUGGAGCUUAUUCCGACUUCCACGCUGGCAAUGCUGGCUGCCAGCGCAAGAGCAAGGCGCGAGAGCGAGAUUGUGACCUUUGCAUGUUGCGAAAAGUGUUGCGUGUACAGCGACGCCGCCCCAGGGGGCCUAGUUGGCGUGCGAGAGGUCCGUCAUCGGCUGCGCUGGUUAAGCACUUGCACUGCGCACUGAGCACCACUGCUGCCCUGGAUGCGAUUGCGAGAGCACAGACAGGAGAAGUAGGCGCUGGCAAAGAAGCCGUUUGGUACCCUACCAACACGUGGGGUUCAUCCUAG